AUGUCCGAGCCUGCCGUGGACCUGUCCACACCCUCUCAUCACUCAGAGGCACCGAAUCUGUCUAUUCCAGAGCCGCGGACGGUUUCUCCGGCGCAGCAUAACCCUACACUAGAAGAACCACCUCAAGAGGACCAAUAUGGCCAUUACCAUGGAAGUGCCUCGGGCUUCGCCUUUCUGCAGUCUGUCAAAGACCGUCUCGCCAGUCUACCAUCAAUGUCCCUCGAUUUCUCCGAUUAUCCCUUGGCGGUUCCUGGUAAACGCCCUGGAAUCCUUCCACCCAAGGCCAUUACGGAUACCCUGGUGCGAGACUACUUCGACUUUGGGCUUACCACUUCGCGCUUUGUCCACGAGCCAACGUUGCGCGUGGCAUAUGAGAAACUGUACAGCACGCAGGGCGACGACGGCCUAGGCCAGGACGACGUCGCACUGGUGUAUAUGGUUGUGGCCAUGGGCUCGCAUUACUCGCAGACCAACAACGUGUUCUGUGGGUUCUCUGCAAGCCUCCAAUUCUUCGAUAUGGCCCGGCAGGAGAUCGAGAGGGAGUCGACCAAGGUCACUCUCAGCUCUCUGCAAACCCGGCUCCUGAUGAUCCACUACCUGCUAAACCAUUCAAGGAUGCACGAUGCCUGGUCCUCCUUUGGCAUCAUCGUUCGACAGGCCCAGGCAUUGGGAUUGCAUCGUCUGUCGACAGGGCGACCGAGCAAUUACGUCGACCACGAGUACCGCAAACGGGUUUUCUGGUCUAUCUACACCUAUGAUCGCGUCCUCAGCAGUAUAUUCGGUCGCCCGUGCGCCCUUCAUGACGACGACAUUGACCAGGAAGAAUGCGCGUUGGUGAAUGAUGACGACGUCUCCAUCUCCGAAUGUCGGGCUCGCGACUCGACUGAGGCCUCAUUCUGCACAGCUGCAGCUCUGAUUCACUACGCCAGACUAGCCCAGAUCUUGGGGAUGGUGCUGCGGGAGUUCUAUAGCCCCCGAAGGAGGAACCACAGCCUCUACAGCCUCCAGGCCGCUGCGUUAAAUCUCCAGGAGCGUCUACUCUCCUGGCAACAAAGUCUCCCAGCAUACCUGAACUACCUCUCGCUCCCACCAUCCGCCAUGUCCACCAUGAUCCAGCGGCAGAUGUGCACACUCAAGCUCACCUUCGCCCAUACAAGCCUCCUCCUCUACCGCCCGUUUAUGCUGUACUCAAUCCGAGCUAAUGCCCAGAUCCCCCACGACCUCGAGGUCUGGCUCGGGAAAUGCGGCGAUCUAUCUGUCGAGGCAGCGAACGUCGUAGUCGCCGAGUGCCAAUACCUCUACGAACGCGGUCUCUUCUCUCGUGUAUUCUGGUUCGUGAACUACGCACAGUUCGCUGCAAUCGGCACUCUAUACAUGCACUCCUGUCUCUGGCCAGACCCGCGCAAUGUCCGAGAAGUGGCCGACAACGCCCUCGCGCAGUUUCCAGUCGGCGUCGACGGAGACCUCAUCGGGCAGCGGUAUCUCGAGAUACUCAAGGAGCUGCAGGAACUGACCCUCGGAUUCAGUCUGCUAGAUGUGGGUCCUAACUCCGCACUGUCGCUGGACUCGAUGUCAGCCAAGGGAAUAUCCGUUUUUGACGACCUCUUAAUGAACUACGGUGACCCAUGGGGGACAGGCAUUGGUGCUCUGUGGACGAAUGCUGAUAACGAUGGACUGCCGCAUAUUGAGCCGUAG